CUUGCAGCCAGUUCCAGGCCAUGGCCAGCGGGAACAGCUCCCUAUGGGAGGCGCUGCUGCUACUGCCUGGCCAGACCUGUCCCAGCUGGAGGCACAGCAUGGAGGGCUCGGUCUACCAGCUCGCCAACAUCUUCUUCACCCUGGGCUACAUGGGCGGCAGUGGCCUGGUCGGCCUCCUAUACAUCCACCUGUUCCUGGCCUCCGGCUUCCUCUGCACCUCGGUCUGGGCGUGGACCGACGCCUGCGCCGCCGAUAUCUUCUCGUGGAAUUUCGCGCUGCUGGCGGUCUCCGCCGUCCAGCUGAGCCACAUCGCCUACCAGCUCCGCAGCGUCUCCUUCCAGCACGACUUGCAGAACCUGUACGGAGCCCUCUUCCAGCCGCUCGGAAUCCCCCUGAACAUCUACAAGAAAAUCGCCACUUGUUGCACCGUGCUGUCCCUGGAGAAGGAUCACUGUUAUGCCAUGGAGGGCAAAACCCCCAUUGAGAGGCUCUCACUGCUCCUGUCUGGCAGGAUUCGGGUGACGGUGGACGGGGAGUUUUUACAUUACAUUUAUCCCUAUCAAUUUUUGGAUUCUCCAGAAUGGGAUUCACUCAGACCGUCAGAGGAUGGGAUCUUCCAGGUGACUCUAACAGCCGAGACCAGCUGUCGCUUUGCAGCCUGGAGGAGAAAGAAGCUGUACUUGUUGUUCGCUCAGCACCGCCGCAUUUCCAGGCUCUUCUCUGUUUUGAUUGGGAAGGACAUUGCCGACAAACUGUACUCCCUGAACGACAAAGUGUAUCUGAGCAACGGGCUGCACUAUUUUAAAUUAUUGACUUCUUGCCUUCCUGCUCCUCUGAUGCUGCUUGGCCUGCUCUUCUUCUUGGCGAAUACCACCUCCGCUCCUUCGCAUUACGGUUUCACCAACGGAAUGGAGCCGCUUUCCAAUCAGACCGAGAGCUGUGACAAUUGGAAAGAAAUCCACCAUUUAGUCUUUCACGUCGCUAAUCUCUGCUUCGCCAUCGGGCUGCUUAUUCCCACCACCAUUAAGAUCCACAUGGUGCUCCUCCGUGCUAUGAUGAGUACGGGCUGUGCACUGUUCAUUGUGUGGGCAGUGCUUUACCGAUGUGCUUUAGACAUAAUGAUCUGGAACUCUCUAUUUCUUAUUCUCAACAUGUUGCAUUUCCUUUAUCUGUUGUACAAAAGGAGGCCUAUUAAAAUUGAUAAAGAGCUCAAGGUGCUUUACAGGAGAAUGUUUGAGCCACUUCAUGUCCCUCCAGAUUUGUUCCAAAGACUGACUGGACAGUUUUGCAACAUUAUGACACUCAAAAAGGGUCAGACCUACGCGGCAGAAGAUAAAACAUCGGUUGACAAUCGACUUAGUGUCCUGCUAAAGGGAAAGAUGAAAGUUUCUUAUCGCGGGCACUUUCUGCACAACAUUUACCCCACUUCUUUCAUCGACUCUCCUGAAUUCCGAUCGACUCAGAUGCAUAAAGGAGAAAAAUUUCAGGUAACUAUUGUGGCUGAAGAGAACUGCAAGUUUUUGUGCUGGUCCAGAGAGAGGCUAACUUUCUUCUUGGAGACAGAGUCAUUUCUUCAUGAAGUCUUUAAGUAUCUAAUUGGCAAAGAUAUCACAAACAAGCUGUAUUCUUUGAAUGACCCCACACUAAAUGACAAAACUGCCAAAAAGCUUGAGCGACAGCCGAGUCUUUGCUCCCAACUUACAAUGAUGAAAAUGAGAAAUAGUAUGGCCAGUACAAGUGAUACAGAAGAUGGACUAUCACACUUUCUACAUGGGGGAUCUACUGCUUCAUCAAUCCAAAGGUCCCCAUAUACUAGGACUUCAGGAAAAAUGAAACCCAUUGAGGAGACUAUUGAGGAUGAUGUCUUUGAACCACCUUCACCAGUUGCCCAGCUGGCUCCCAACUGAUACUGAACGAAACAAAAUGGAAUGUUGCUAGCAGAGAAGAGCUUUUGUCUGCUAGAAAGUACAAGAUGUAACAAAUAAGUCCUGUUACCUUUAACCAUUGAAUCACUAAUGCACAGCCAGCUAUGGGAACUGUGUAAAAUAUACAAAGGUCCAGAUUUUGACAUGUAUUAAUUUUGUUUUUUCACAUUAUCACAUUUCUGUUCCUUUCCAAUGCACCAGAACAUAAUAUGGCUUGAGACUUUUGAUGGGCAAUAUAAGCAUGCUAACACAUCAACUAUUUGAUUGAAGCACCAUUUGAUAUUCUUUUUCAUUCACAGUUUUGUUCAAAGUUUGUAGUGUUAUGAAGAGUAAAGCCUGAUUAGUUCCACCACACUUGUAUUGUAAUAAAAAGGUUAAUGAUUGGAA